GGACACUCCACCCCGGCUUCUUCAGUCGCCUGGGUGGCACUGUACCUGCGAAGACCGCCGCGAGAAAAAAAAAAAACCAAAUUCUGCUGCCAAUUUUCCUUCGUUCGCCUCUUCCCUUCCCUUCUUUCUCCUCCACACACGUCCUCAACUUAUCAACCAAAACCCCCAACCCUUUCAAAAGAGUCUAUUCAGAGGUCCAGUCUAACAACUGCCUUUGUUCUUGCUCUUUUCUUCAAAGAAAACCAUAAAAAAAAUUGAAAACUCAUAAAAACCCCCCCGCCACCCCGAUCCGUCCUCGAGUCUUCGUCUUCGCGCGACUACAUCUUUGACUAUCCUAAAUUUCUUUGAGCAAAGCAUCAUCUCCCUGCUUCUCAAAGUCUUUUUUGAUUCAAUACAGCCAGCCUCAUUUAUCUUGUUGCCGGCUUUGAUUCAUUUACCUGUCGCAAGCAAACUAUCAUCUUGUUGAUCAAUCAUCUCCACCGAUCUCAAAAUGGCUGCUAGCACUACCUCCGGCGCUGUCGACCAGCUCGCCAACGACCUCAACAACACCUCCAUCGACGCCAAGGCCCCUGCCAUCGACACCAACGUCGCUGGUGCCGCCGACGAUGCCAACCCUACCCCCAACUCGGCUGCUCCCCACCCCCAGAACUCCGCUUCUCUCUACGUUGGUGAGCUUGACUUCUCCGUCACUGAGGCUAUGCUCUUCGAGCUCUUCUCUCAGAUCGGUGCCGUUGCUUCCAUCCGUGUCUGCCGUGACGCUGUCACUCGCCGCUCGCUUGGUUACGCCUACGUCAACUACAACUCCACCGCCGACGGUGAGAAGGCUCUUGAGGAGCUCAACUACACCCUCAUCAAAGGCCGCCCCUGCCGCAUCAUGUGGUCUCAACGUGACCCUGCUCUCCGCAAGACCGGCCAGGGCAACGUUUUCAUCAAGAACCUUGAUGUCGCUAUUGACAACAAGGCUCUUCACGAUACCUUUGCUGCCUUUGGCAACAUUCUGAGCUGCAAGGUCGCUCAGGAUGAGAACGGUAACUCCAAGGGUUACGGUUUCGUUCACUACGAGACUGAUGAGGCUGCCAGCCAGGCCAUCAAGCACGUUAACGGCAUGCUUCUCAACGAGAAGAAGGUUUACGUUGGCCACCACAUCCCCAAGAAGGACCGCCAGAGCAAGUUCGAGGAGAUGAAGGCUAACUUCACCAACGUCUACGUCAAGAACAUCAACACUGAGGCUACUGAUGACCAGUUCCGUGAGCUCUUCGAGAAGUUCGGUGAUGUCACCUCUUCCUCUCUCGCUCGCGACCAGGAGGGCAAGAGCCGUGGUUUCGGUUUUGUUAACUUCACCACUCACGAGGCUGCUGCCCAGGCUGUCGAGGAGCUUAACGCCAAGGACUUCCUCGGCCAGGACCUCUACGUUGGCCGUGCUCAGAAGAAGCACGAGCGUGAGGAGGAGCUCCGCAAGUCUUACGAGGCUGCUCGCCUUGAGAAGGCCAACAAGUACCAGGGUGUCAACCUCUACAUCAAGAACCUCGAUGACGACGUCGAUGAUGAGAAGCUCCGCAACAUGUUCGCCGAGUUCGGUCCCAUUACCUCCGCCAAGGUUAUGCGUGACUCUCUGACCGACUCUGAUGAUGAGACCAAGGACAAGGAGAACGCCGAGGGGGAGAACGCCGAAGAGCCCAAGGAGGCUACUGAGGAGCCCGCUGCUGAGGAGCCCGCCGCCGAGGAAACCGAGGAGGGUGAGGAUGGUGACAAGAAGGACAAGAAGUCCAAGAAGCUUGGUAAGAGCAAGGGCUUCGGCUUCGUUUGCUUCAGCAACCCCGAUGACGCCACCAAGGCCGUCGCCGAGAUGAACCAGCGCAUGAUCAACGGCAAGCCCCUCUACGUUGCCCUCGCUCAGCGCAAGGAUGUCCGCAAGAACCAGCUUGAGGCCAGCAUUCAGGCCCGCAACCAGAUGCGCAUGCAGCAGGCUGCCGCCGCCGCUGGUAUGCCCCAGCAGUUCAUGCAGGCUCCCGUCUUCUACGCUGGCCAGCAGCCCGGCUUCAUGCCCCAGGGCGGCCGCGGCAUGCCUUUCCCCCAGCCCGGUAUGGGUAUGCCCCAGGGUGGUCGCCCCGGCCAGUUCCCUGGCUACCCUCAGCAGGGCGGCCGUGGCGGUCCUCAGCAGAUGCCUCCCAACAUGUACAACAUGCCCGGCCAGUUCCCUCCUCAGUUUGGCCAGCCUGGCACUCCUCAGUUCAUGGCUGCUAUGCAGCAGCAGGGUAACAUGGCUGGUGGCCGUGGUGGUCCUCAGGGCGGCCGUGGCAACAACGGCAUGCCCCCCAACGCCCCUGCUCAGGGCUUCCCCCCCAACAACCGCCAGGGUGGAAUGGGCCGUGGUAACGGAAACCGCAACGGCAACUUCCCCAACCAGGGCGGCCGUGCUGAGGGCAGCAACGCUGCUGCCAUCCAGGCCCAGAUUGCUGGUGCCCAGCCCGCCCAGCAGAAGCAGAUUCUUGGUGAAAUGAUCUUCCCCAAGAUUCAGGCCAUCAACGGUGAGCUUGCCGGUAAGAUCACCGGUAUGCUUCUCGAGAUGGACAACUCCGAGCUCAUCAACCUCAUUGAGGACGAUGCUGCCCUCAAGGCCAAGGUCGACGAGGCUCUCGCCGUUUACGACGAGUACGUCAAGACCCAGGGUGGUGAGGAAGAGGAGAAGAAGGAGACUGCUGAGGAGACCAAGGCUUAAAUGCUGGUCAUGCCUACGGUUCAGCAGUAUGGAUAAAAGUAUUUCUUUUGUUUUUUUUAAUCUUGCACAUAUUUUAAUUGCCUCGGUGGAAAUUGGUUCCUUAGGGGUAUUGGUAGGCUUUGCUAUAUUCGUUGUUUUACGGUAGGAUUCCCAGAGAAGUGUUUGAACUUGCGCCUACCAAAGAGGCAAACCGAGUUGGAGGAGAGCAGGGCCCUCGUGGCUGACUAGUGGGUAUUGAGGCGGAGUUGUCUCCCCAUAGUUGACGUUAGUGAAAAGUUAGCAAGUAGAAUUCAAUGUGGCUUGUUCUUUAAUUAAGAACUCUGCUGCCUUUGACUUU